AUGUACUUCACACCACCGAGGAUUGGGAAUUCGUUUUUGAUUCCUCAAGCAUUCAAACACAGACACCACUCUCAUAAAUCACGUUCGAAAAUCACUGAAUCAAGAAUUGCUCUUGAUUUCAUUGGUGAUAAAUCAAAGAAUGCAACUGGUAACUCCUCGGUGUCUUACGCAUCGCAGAAGAUAUUUGGUCUUUUGAUGGACCUCACCGAAGAUUUUUCAAAACUGGAAUAUACAAAACUAUCGUUUCAAAGGGUGUUUCGCAUUCCUAGAAUGAGAAGCGAGCUUCCAAAAAUCUGCAACACCCUGAUUAGUAAUGGUCGCUUACAAGAAGGAGUCUCCUGCCAUGAACUCCGAAAAGUUGUUGAUCAACUUACAACUUAUAAGUACCUCAACAACACUCACAGAGCAGCUCGGAUUUUGAGAGCUAUUUUUAAAGAAAAGGAUAUUCAAUUCAUACACUCUGUCAAGUAUUCGAACAGGUUACUCGAUUUCUUUUUGGAAAGAAACGAUGAAAUUAUGAUUAAAAGAAUAUUUCGCAGAUUGGAAAAGGAUGACAAGAAACCAAACGCAAUGACAUUCAAUCUUUUGGGAGUUCAUUAUCUUAAAAAUACCAGCAAUUUCUUAGAGCGUUUGAUGAUCUGGGAAUUUAUAUUGCUUCGAAUGAAGACUUUGGGCAUAAAUGUGGAUUUAUGCUCGUACUACAUUUCGUUAAGCCUUAUCCCCUCUGAGGUUCCCGCAAAACAAGAACUGAAACAACUAAUGAUAUCUCAUGGUCUUCAUCUUAAUGUUCCAGGAUUUUGCGACAUUGAGCUCACUGAUAUGAUGAACCAAGGGGCUUCUUUGAGCGAAGUUCUUGAAUAUUUCCAUAAUGCAGAAGGGAAGCUUGACACUAACUGCAUGAAUAGUGCAAUAUUCAAAUAUCUUCAAGGAGAAGACGAUUUUAAAGGUGCUUGGAGAUUCAUGAACAUACAGAGAUCAUACAGAGAUCUUGUUCCAAGAUCAUCGACUGUUACCAUAUUUACCAAAUACUGCAUACAGCACCAACGUUUGGCUCUUGCGGUCAGCAUCUUGAACACUUUCUUAAAUGACUUUGGACUAAGCAGCUCCCCUGCUUUGAACAUAAUCAUGAGGCACAUACUUACGACUUACGAUUCUUCAGAUUCAAAAUGGAUCAAUCCCCUUCUCAAAUUCAUAUUCAUACACCAUUUCAAAAACUCUAUCAACAACUAUCAGCGAACAGACGUCCUUUUUCGCCAGCUGAAGCAUGAAUUUGGCAUAGAAUUGGACAAACUGCCAGACUUCAAUGAUCUCGACCCAGUUGAUCGUCGCAUCUACGAUUCGUUGCAGUCUCUCGUGAUAGACGAUUCAACCAACAGUUUUGACGAUCUUAACGCCCAAAAAUUGAAGGGAAUGAUCAUCAAUUGGUAUUUGAGUGGGGACGCUGGACACGCUAUUAAAGAAAAUACCAAGCUUGAACUACCAAUAUGGCUCGCUGAAAUACUGGCAAUAUGUUCGAUAUCCGAUUCGUCGCCAUCCAGUGAAAAUGAGGACGGCGAUACUACCUUUCUUAAACUUCUGGAACCUGAGUUCUUUUCACCUGCGUUUCUCAAUUUUCUUAAAUCUGAUGCCUUGAUGUUGAAUCUGAGUCCCUACGUGUUUUAUUACCGAAUUGUCACUAAAUGGUCUUUCAUGUUUGGAGAUGUUGAGCUUGUUGAGCUGAUCAGCAAGGCGCUUAUUGAUCGAGCAUGUGAGUUGAACGAUUUGAGUUUCAAACUUAAUGAUCACUUCAGUGGAAACAAUCUUGAAUUCAUGAACAACUUAGACGGUUUUGAGAAACAGCUUUUCAAGAACAGCCAUAAAUCAUACAAAGAUUUGAAGUCCUGGUGGCUUCAGAAGCCAAGUUAA